GUAACUUAAUUAAUAUUCAUGACGCGCGCCUUUGCGGUAGUAUGAUUCGUAAAAUUGGCAGACUGGGCGGGGGUUUCUUUAGCCUGCACACCUGGACAUAGGUCCGUUUCGCUUUCCCAAGGGAAAAACUUACGGAGCGCAUUCUGGCUGAAUCAUGGUCACCGCAGCAGAAUACGGACACAACUCCUGGGAGCUCACCAUUCAGGUGGACCAGCGUGAGGGAGAUGAGGGCAUGAAGUUUAAGUUACGGGUGAAAGGGGAUCUACACGUCGGAGGUCUCAUGCUGAAACUCGUGGAGAAGAUCAAGGCUCCUCAGGAUUGGUCCGAUCACGCCAUCUGGUGGGAACAGAGGAACUGCUGGCUGCUUAAGACCCACUGGACUCUUGAUAAAUAUGGAGUCCAGGCAGAUGCUGACCUGCGUUACACCCCACAACACAAACCCCUCUGUCUACAGCUGCCCAACAUGAAGACCAUCAAACUCCCUGUUAGCUUCUCUGUCGUGGUUUUCAAGGCUGUAGCGGAGAUUUGCAAAACACUCAACAUUAGAAGAUCUGAAGAACUUUCUCUAUUAAAACCACAAGAUGAUCAAAAGAAAAAGAAAAAAGACAAGGGUACAGAGUCAAACAUAGAUGAAAUCUUAAACAUGGACAUAACCAGCGGCAUGAAUAGAGGAGCCCUCGGUCUGUACAGUAAAACCAUGACUCCGACCUACGACCCAGACAGCGGGUCACCUGCAUCUGCCACCAGUCUUUGGUUUGGAGAUAGUCCUCUUACAGCCAGCCAGCCGAACCUGCCACCUGAGGAACUGGCCAAGUUAUACAAACCUCUUACGCUGGAGGACAAAGCAGCCAUUUACUCUGGGUGGCUCGAUUCAUCUCGCUCAUUGAUGGAACAGGGAAUCCAAGAAAAUGACAGACUCUUGCUGCGAUUUAAGUACCACUGCUUCUUUGACCUCAAUCCAAAGUACGAUGCGGUGAGAAUAACUCAGUUAUAUGAGCAGGCCCGCUGGGCCAUACUGCUGGAGGAAAUCGACUGCACUGAUGAAGAGAUGCUAAUGUUUGCUUCUCUACAGUAUCACAUCUGUAAAUUGACAUUGACAGCUGAGCCACUCGCACAAUCUGACGAACCAGAGAUCGACGAAGUGGAAGCCGCCCUAUCAAAUUUGGAAUUUACACUGGAGGGGCGGAACGCUGAGAAGAUCCUGGAAGAUAUCACAGACAUUCCAAAGCUGGAGGAUACACUUAAAUUGUUUAGGCCCAAACGAUUGACGUUAAAGCCGUAUAAGGAGUACUGGUUUGUUUUUAAAGACACCACCAUUUCUUAUUACAAAAACAAACAGGCCGCUUGUAAAGAACCCAUUGAGCAACUUCAUCUACGAGGAUGUGAGGUCAUCCCCGAUGUCAACGUGACUGAGAGGAAGUUCGGCAUGAAGCUUCUGCUCCCGGUGGCCGACGGAAUGAACGAGGUUUACAUUCGCUGUGAAAACGAAACGCAGUACGCCAGAUGGAAAGCUGCCUGCAUGUUGGCCUCUAAAGGAAAGACGAUGGCCUACAGUUCGUACCGCACAGAGGUGAAGAACAUCCAGUCAUUCCUGCAGAUGAAGAGUUUAGCGCCCCCUCCUGGCCAAGCAGCACCUGACGUGGAGUCCAUGGAGAUGAACGCGGAGUGUUUUGUUUCUCCUCGAUACGCAAAGAAGUACAAGCCGAAACAGCUGACAUCAAGAAUCUUAGAGGCACAUCACAACAUUUCCCAGCUUUCACUUAUGGAGGCCAAACUGCGUUUCAUCCAAGCAUGGCAGUCCCUGCCAGAAUUUGGCAUCAAGUAUUAUAUUGUCAGAUUUAGAGGGAGCAGGAAAGAUGAAAUACUGGGAAUCUCCUCUACCAGGCUGAUCCGCAUUGACAUGUCCACUCGUCUGCCGGUGACCACCUGGAGGUUUGCCAACAUGAAACAAUGGAACGUCAACUGGGAAAUCCGACAGGUGGCCAUCGAAUUUGAUCAGAAUGUUUCGGUGGCUUUUUCCUGCCAAAGCUGUGACUGCAAAGUGGUUCACGAGUACAUCGGAGGCUACAUUUUCCUUUCGACGCGCUCAAAAGACCAAAAUGAAACCUUAGAUGAAGAACUCUUCCACAAACUUACGGGAGGACAAGACUGACCGCAUUAUCACCACUGUAUUUGUAAUGUAAUUAAUCUAAAUGGAUGUAGGAUUUCGUGAUUAUUAUUUGUUUCAGUGACUGACCCUUUUAUAAUUUGUUUGACCUGUAAACAUUGUACACUGCCAUACACCAACAUUGAUGUACAAAGAAAUAAGAGUAGCUACAUUUGGCCAGAAUUGCAUCAGUAAUGAAGGAAAAUUAAGUCCUGGGUGUUAAUUGGCUCAAAUUUUCAAAAUACAGCUUCAGGUCAAAUUGCAUCAAAAUAAUUUAUUUUGUGCAAUUAUGCUCCAUAAGAUGAGCAAUGAGAAUGGUACCACACCAGUCAUUAUAAAUGUAUCUUUUUAUUGAUACCAAAAACAUAAUUGUCUAUUAAUUUAUUGGUUUUAUUUCAUGUAAGAUGAUACUUAUACUUUCACAAGCCUCCAAAUGUAACUGUAUAAUGAGUAUCUGGCUAAGACAAAUGUCCUCUGCAAUAAAAUAGCAGUAAAUUACAAUGAGGUAUUCAUCUUUAGUGUUUUAUCUUCAAUAAACCUUUCAUAUGGUACCAUUUUCAUCAUUCUAACAUUUGUCGAGAAGUUAGGAUGCAUCAUGAUGAUCAGACACACCCCUCCCUUGUAGGCAAAUACUCACCUGUGUAUAGAUCAUUAUAAAUCGUCAUCUUGAUGAAGAUUUCAUAUUUCUAAUCGAAAUAUGUAAAAAUUAAUACUUUUAUCUCCGAGGUCGAUAGUUUCCCAAAAUUUGUAGAUCAGUGAUGUUUUUGAUAUGAUAUACAGUGGGGUUCAGGUGAAACUUUAAUAGAUUUCUUUAAAGAUUUUUCUAAGACCAAGUGCUUUUAACAGUUUGAUGUCUACUUUAUUCACAACAACAAUGUGUCACAUUGUAAUUUUUUGUUCUGUUUAAUGUAAUUUUUUGUUUAUUGCCUAUGUUGACAUGAAAAUUA